GCUUGUCUGUUGUGUAUGUUUUCAAACUAAGAAUUUGGUUCUGGCAUGUUUUCAUUGUCAGACGGAUACCAACAGUAUUAUAUCAGUGCAGUAUCUAGCUUUAAUCAAUCGUGUUGCAUCAGCGACUAAAUGUGAUCGCGAUAUUAUAUUUUGUAAUGGAAACGGCGUUUUUUGUAGCAAAUACAUUCUCUAUACCUGACAGCUACAUAAAAACAACUACUGUAAGUGAUCGUGUACUUGUGGCAGUACACCAUUCAUGGCUACACUCUCUCAUAAGGACGCACCAACUGCCAGAAUUUAUUGUGCAUGAUGUUCUACUACCGGAAGAAGUUAAGAUUCUCUUGGAGCAAGGAGAAGAUCUUGGUCCGCACUGGAAGAAAAUAUAUGUUAGAAUUUUGCACAAACAAACACAAAAGGUGAUACCUCUUCCUCGAGUAAGGGUAGAGAGCUCAAGUUCGGAAACUGCUUUAUCAUUUUCUCAGCUCUUACACUAUGUUGCACAGACAAAUUUCAAGAAUCUGUGGAAAGAUGCCUUCAAAAAGUAUUUUAAUGUAUGUGGAGCUGUAUCAAAUGAUGGUAAAAAUGCAUCUAGAAUCACACUUACGGACAGUGAUGCAGUCAUGCGUGAAGUGAUAUUACGAACAUUUGGUUGCCCAAUUUUUCGCCUUGAUGAAGGUUUUAUUGAUCUGUAUAAUGAAGAUGGAAAGAAAUCAUUUGAAGUUCACUGCAAUAUCUUGCCAGCACUGUGUGCCGUGGAGACACCACAAUGCUUUCUACUGAUCCAGGAACCAUACAUAAAGCACACACUACAAGACUGUGUUACAUUCAGUCCAGCAUUGCUUGGAACAUCUCACAUCAAGCCUCUUUUUAUAAUCUACCAACUAUUGCAAGCAAUGCGAUCAAUGCACGAUCGUGGCCUUGUGCUUGGAGAAAUUGCACUAAGUGAUAUCCUUAUAACUGAGAAUCUUUGGAUACAGGUAAUGCCACGACUGGAAGAUAACAUCAAUUAUGAUCCGUCUUCUAAUGUUGGAGAUGCAGAGAAUGAACACAUGUUCAGUCCAAAAACUCAAAAUGUAGAACUGGUAGCAAAUGAUCUCAAAGAAGAUAUGUCAGCACAGAGCAAUAUUAGGCCUCAUGAGGAAGUGAGGAUGCACCAAGAAUACUUCCAGAGAUACUCAAACCCUCGUAACAAGUUUAUUCCCAAGACUGAUACUGACCAUAAAAUGUUGGACCAUAAAAGCAAUAAACAAAAGCUUGAAAAAAUACCUUUGGAGAUCUAUUGUGAACAAUGGAUUAGAGGGCAGCUAUCUAAUUUUGAUUAUUUGACCAUCUUAAACAAUUUAGCUGGUAGACGCCAUGGGGACCCUGUCUGUCACCAUGUUAUGCCAUGGGUAACAGAUUUCACCUCUCGGACAGGUUCCAACUGGCGUGAUCUGACACGUUCCAAAUAUAGGCUGAAUAAGGGAGACAGGCAGCUGGAUCUGACAUAUGACACAGCCACUGGGACAGCACAGGUGCCGCACCAUGUUUCAGAAGUUCUCUCUGAAAUAACAUACUAUGUGUACAUGGCACGGAGAAUACCAAAAUCCAUUCUCUGUAAAUACGUCCGCCCAAAAUGGGUCCCAGCAGAAUACCCUUCAUCCAUUCAGAGGAUGCAAGAAUGGACUCCCGAUGAAUGUAUUCCUGAGUUCUUUUCUGAUCCUUCUGUUUUUGAGUCCAUCCAUGAGGAUCUUCCUAACCUGGAAAUUCCAUCUUGGGCAACUUCUGUUGAGGAUUUUAUUGAAAGGCAUCGUGAGGUACUCGAGAGUACUCAUGUCUCUGAAAGGCUACAUCACUGGAUAGAUCUAACCUUUGGAUACAAGUUAUCAGGAAGUGCUGCAGUGAAGUCGAAGAAUGUGUGUCUUCACCUUGUUGACAGCCAUAUGACCCUUGCACAGACAGGUGUAGUGCAGUUGUUUACACAGCCACAUCCAUCACGGAUUUGUGCGUCUCCAUACUGGGGAAAGACUCCACCCAGAUUACAGCCAUCACAGAGGGAUAAAAGGAACAAGAAUGUUGACCGUGCGAGUGAAGAUGAAGGCCACAGUUCAGGAUUUGAAGAAGAUGAACAGUCUUUGUCUCAGGGUGGAUCAAAAUCAUCACCGCUUGCACUUAAUAAACUUUUGAGUCGAUCUAGAGGUUCACUGUUGGGCUCUUUUCCAACAUCUUCACCUGAUGAAACCUGCCCUCAGCAAAAGACAGGAGCUGGAAAUGGUGCUGCCUCCAUUAUGCUUCCAAAGGACUACAACCCAGUAGCUGCUAUUCAAAGUGUUGAAUCAAUGUACAACUUCCUUAACAAGACUCUGCACAACAGCCCUAAAUCUCUGAAAGAAGAAUCUCCUUGUAUUGGCAGUGGCAUUGGCUAUAAGCAGAUUGUAGCUUCAAGAAGACUACAUGAAAUGGAGGUACUGGGCUGCAUUGUGGUUGAAAUGCUGCUAGCUCAACAACUAAGACCUACCAGCAGUGAACCAGUGACUCCCAUGUUCAGACUUGAAAUAUGUCGUGCAGCUUUGUCACGAGCUGCUGACCUGGUACCACGCAAUGUGAGGCAUGCAAUAUCAUUGUUGCUCAUGGAAGAUACCAUGAGAGAUUCCUGUGGGCGGCGGCCUGCAGUAACAUCUCGUGGCCUUCCGCCUCCAUCUGCUCACCAGCUGCUGCAACCACUGUUAGCCCACUGUGCCUUCCCGUUUCCAGCACACUUCUUGACUCUCACAAAACUUCUCUGCCGUCACCAUGAUUUCUGCAGCCUUGUUAGGGAAAUGUCAUUUUUGAACCUGCAGGAGACUGUUGAACCCGACAUUGCUGAGAAGAUAAUAAACUUUAUUACUGAAAUAAACAAACUGAAAGUCAAGGUAAUGAAACAAGAACUGACAGUUCUACUCCCUGAAAUCUCAUCUGUUUCGCAAGAAAGUCUUGAAUUAAUUCUUCCAUACAUCAAGGAACUUAUGGAAGACCCUGAAACAUCAGUGCUGGCAGCUUGGAACCUUUUUGAUCUUGUUGCAAAACAUCUUGGGCCUAAGCAUACUGCUAAGUUUCUGAUGCCAUCGAUUCUUAAACUGUAUGAGAAUGGCACAGAAGAUGACAGUGAGCAGAGCAGCAAACAUGUUAAACUAUACCAUCACAUUUUUCUGCUGCAGUUAAUUGUUCGUCUAGGACUCAAAACAUUCCUUGAGAAUUUUGUGAGUCCUUUGGUGGAAGCUGUUGGAGGCUACAGAGAUUACUAUAGCCGUGAUGGAGCCUCUUUUCAGCAGGGUUCAGAUCUUAGAAAUGCAACAUCUUCUCUUAAAGGCUGUGAUUUUGAGGACAGUACUAUAGUGGGUGUGCUUUCUCCAUUGGACGAAGACUCUUCAGGUGACUCUGAAAAAUCUAAGCCAUCAAGUGGUGACAAUGUUGAGCAGACAGGAGAAACAGAGAAAGAUGUGCAAAAUGGUGCUGAACCAGAGGUCUUUGUGUUUGAAACAGGUGAAAAAUCAUCACCUGAUGACCCAGAAACUCCUUUGUAUCAUCUCAUGGAGCAUCUUGACUUGGAGUUGCCUGACCCUGCAGCUAUUGAUGAUGACGGCUCCCUAGAAAUAAAUUUUCAAGAAGAUGAGACUGUUCAUGAAGCAGCUGAAGAAGAUGCCAUUGAGGUUUCAGAGGAUUUCUCUGAUCCAGAAUUCCAUGCAGCAGACGGUAGCACUGUUCAUUUUAAUACUCCAGCUGCAUUUUUAGAGUCUAAAGACAUUGAUGUUUCUGAAAUGGAACCUGCAGCUGAAGAAACUCCAAACAAGACAAAUGAAAUUCAGCCUCUUCGGAAGAAAUCUAACGCUCAAUUUAAGGUAUCAGACAUGAGUGCAGAAUCUGUCAUAUGGCUCUCUCACCGGCUAGGUCCGGUACUGACAGCCCGUCAUCUCUCACGAAAUUUAUUACGGAUGCUGGCACUGUGCUAUACAGGGUACUCUAACAUGGCUCGUGCAGCUCCACCCACAGCUGAAAUGGGUACUCUCAGCAUUGCUGAGGGACAUGUUCAGGGUGAUCAUAGUGCCUGCAAAGUCUUGGACUGCUUAACAUCUAUAGCUGCUUUGUAUGGGGAACAGAUGAUUGUUCUUCAGUAUCUUCCACAUAUGAGUGAGUUAAUAGCACUUUGCAAAAGGAAACUUACUCCAAAUUUAGAAGGUGGUGUAGUUGGGAGCCUGGCACUACUCAGACAUAUUGUUCCAUUCCUGUCUGAUGCUGUUUUAAUGGACCAGCUACAGGAUGUUAUUUUGAAAUCUGUGCUAAACCCUGUUGUCAGACUUUUAUCAACAACACGCACAGUAUUUCCAUCUGGUGCAGCAGCACGUUCAGCUGUUGCUCGGAAAUUUGCUGAUGCCAUUUAUGUUGUUGCAUUGAGGAUCGGUCAAGAGAUGUCUCGACGCCAUCUAGCAGUACCUCUACUGCAGAGAUUUUUUCUUGCCUUCGACAAAGCCUUCAUGCGCUGUGCACUCGAUGAUUCAUUACAGGGUGCCCAGUCUGUGAAUUCAUCUACAAAAGAAGCUGCUACAAGGUCUGACAAUGACAGUGAGGGUCCUGACAUAUCUAUUGGAGCUGAAAUGCGCGGGAAUCUGCUCAACAGAGUGAAGGAGAAUGAUUUUACAGAUUCAUACUCUCCCCCUCCAGCUAUUUCUUCAGAUGGAGAGCAGUUGCUGGAGCAAACCAGACACCAGGCAAUGGAAGAGUUAAAAAAAGUAUUUGUGCCAGAGUUAGCACAUAGAACAUAUCUUCCAUUGCUAAGAUUCCUCGGUGAAUCAGUUAUGGCACAGUCUCUGAAGAAUGAGGAAUUUAUUAGAAGUCUGUGUUCUCAGGCUGAACAGGAGAGUCAGCAACAGGCAUCUCCUGUUGGAAUUGUGGAAGACACAAGAUGCUCAUCUGAUCGGUUGUCUCCAAGUGGGACACAGGUGGCAGAGAGGACUUCAACUGGUAGCUUUGGGAGUAAUGUUGAAGUUGUUGGCAAUAGAAUUGAUUUACAGAGUGCAGAUAUCCCUUCUGUUCUACCAACAGAAAGUGCGGGUAUUGCUUUUCAAGAAAGUGCAGGUGACUUGAUGAAUCUCAUAAGCAAAAAAAUGGAGAAUACAAACAGGCAUUUACAUGGAAACUGGUUGGCAUACUGGGAACAUGAGAUUGGUCGACCUGAUAAAGAAACAAAUUUUAAUUUCAAGCAGAUAAAACUUCAGAGAUUCUCAGGCCAUACGAGUAACAUCCGGACCAUACAAGUGUUAGACAAUGAAAAUAGUUUCCUUAGUGGAAGUCGUGACAAGACUGUGAAACUGUGGUCACUAAGAAGUCAGGGUGAUGGAACUGCUGUUUCCCCGUGUCGAUGGACUUAUACUGGUCACCGUAAGUGUGUACUGGCAGUGGCACUUAUAGAGUCACUACGGCUUGCUGCCUCAUGUGACUCAAUCAUCCACAUAUGGGACCCAUUUAUGGGAAGUGUAAUUGCUCAUAUGAACUCACCUCGCUACCCACCUGUCAAUGUCCUUCAGGCUUUGCCACCACCAAGCCGUGUCCUGCUUGCGGCCACUACAGACACUACACUGCGGCUUGUUGAUGCACGAACCUGUUCUUUUGUUAAUGAACUGAAGGUGUCACAGAGUGCAACAGGACUAAUAAGAUGCAUUGCUGUUGGGCCUGAAGGCACAUGGGUGGCUGUUGGACAGUCGUCAGGAUUCCUGUCUAUGCUGGACAUCCGCACAGGUGGCCUACUGGCCUCUUGGAAAGGUCAUGACUCAGAGAUACUGCAACUUAUAUCAGCAAAUGGUGGCAACUCCAUUGUGAGUUCUUCUCUGGACCAGGCAGUUUCUGUUUGGAGUGCUGUUGAUGGCAGGUUCUGCUUUCCUAUGAAAGGGCCCACAGAACCUGUUCACUGUCUUAUGAGCUAUGGAUCGGAACUGAUAUCAGGGACCACAGCUAGCCGAAUAGGAGUCCAUUCUGCUGUUGAUAUGGAUGCCUCAUACACUUCAACUCGGCUGCGAUCCGAUACCUUCAAAGGUGUUCUUACGUCCAUGGCUGUCCUUCCUCUCAACAGGCUGCUGCUCCUUGGUGCUGACUCAGGGAACAUAACACUGCUCUGUUGAACUGUAUGUCAGCAAUAUGGAAACGAGAAACAUUUCUUUGAAUCUCAUUUACAGAAACUUUAAUUAAUAAUAUGAUUGUAAACAUUCCAUUGCAUAUCAAAGUACACACAAAAUAAUAAUAAUAAUUUUUAUUAUUAUUAUUUGUCCAAAUACAAGCUUAGGAUGAGAAUGUGCAGCUAUUAAUUACCAUUGUCUUCAUCACUAAAAGUUUGUAAAGGAUUUUUUUGUACUAAUAUAGUAUUCAUAGCAUAACGGCAGAAAGUUUGAAAGAUAAGAAAAACCAGUUACAUGACUGCUGAAUGAUUAUUGUAGGAUUGCAUUUCCAGCAGCUGUGUAAGUUUGUUCCUGUGUAAACUAGUUGUCAGUUAUAUCUGAUUUAAAAUGAAAGCACAGCCCCAGUAUUUAUUUUAAGUGUUAUUAAUCAUGCUUUAGUAUUAUUUUGAUAACCAAAGAGGCUUAAAAGCUGCAUGGGAGUGGAGUUAAAACUACGAGGGUAAGUCAAUUAUUACCUGCAAAGUAAUUAUAAAAAUUUAUUGUAAUCAAAUGGGAAACUUACAAGAACAUAAUUUUUCAACACAGUCUCCUUGCGUUUCAACGCACGUGGUCCAUCAUUCUACAUGCUUCCUGAUGCCAUAAUAAAAGAAGGUUCUUGGUUGAGCUGUGAGCCAGUAAUGCGCCACUUCCUUCACUGCUUUGUCCGAGUCAAAUUGAUGGCCCCUUAAUGCCUGUUUGAGUGGACCAAACAAGUGAUAGUCAGACGGGGUAAGACUGGGACUAUAUGGAGGAUGACCCAGUACUUCAAAUUUGAGUUUCUGGAGCUUUUCAGCAGUGUGGGCAGCAGUAUGUGGACAGGAAUUGUCGUGGAACAACACAACACCUUUUGACAGCAAUCCUCAGCCUUUUCUUUGAAUUGCAGGCUUUAGCCUGGUAGUAAGCAUCUCACUGUGAUGUACACUGUUUAUUGUUGCGCCUCUUUCCCCCUAAUGUUCCAGUACUGGACCUUUUGUGUUCCAAACACCGUAAGCAUAAGUUUUCCUGCGUACAGUUAGGUCUGAACUUUUUCUUGCACGGUGAAUUUGAAUGUUUACGUUACAUACUCUGCCAUUUACUCUCUGGCUCAUAAUGAUGGAUCCAUGUUUUGUCACCAGUAAUGAUACUGUCUAAGAAGUUGUCUCCUUUGUUACCAUAGUGAUCCAAAUGUUUUUGGCAGAUGUCCAAGCACAUUUGUUUAUGCAACUGUGUGAGUUGUUUUGGGACCCAUCUUUUACAAACUUUAUGAAACCCAAGUCUGUAGGGGAUGAUUUUGUAGGCAGAACCGUGACUAAUUUGCAGUGUGCCACUACGACAAUAGUUAAUUGUCUGUUUAAGAGAAUCAUUUCAUGUGAAUGCUCAAAGGUUUCUUCAUUUCUGGUGGUAAAUGGUCGUCCAGCUCCUUCAUCGUGCGUAACACUUGUGCGACCAUUUCAGAAUUUGUCAAUCCAUUCUUAAACACUCUGUUGUGGCAAAACACUGUUCCUGUACUGAACCAAAAGUCUUCAAUGAAUUUCAGCCCCUGAUAUGCCUUCUGACCACAAAAAACAGAUCACUGAAUGUUGCUCUUCUUUGGUGCAAAUAGACAGCAGAGCAGUCAUGAUUAACAGCAUGGCAGCGAUAACAAAACUAACCUUGCAGCUUGAAAAUUGCAAAAACAUACAACAAAUAAACAAAGCAUGCAUCAUCAAUGUAAAAUGACAGUACUGCCAAAAUAAACAAAAAUAUAACUAAAUUGCGAGUAAUAAUUGACUUACCCUCAUAGUUAUGUGCAAUGAAGCUUGUACAAAUUUCAGUUAAAAAUAAGUUUGGCAUGAAGGAAAGCCAUUAUUUAGUUGAUAAAUAUUAUGUGAGACUAACUGGAUAUUUUAUCCCCAAAUAGGAAAUCAUUUGCUCACAUUUUCUUAAGCAGGUGUAUUGUUUCCUGUAUCAGUUUUGUUCUGGUGCGCUUACUCUGGCUUCUAUGAAAAAAUAUUCCCUACAACUCGUCAAAAAUGACCCAUUUACUUCAUAUAAUUGUUUAAUAUUGUAAGUUGUACUUUCAGCACAAUUACUAUGUUAUUUUAAAAGAGGAAGACAAAGAAAGGAGAUACUUCAUGUCCCACAAUGAAUAUGUGUUAUCUGAUUGUAAACUAUGCUCUCUAUGAUUAACUUACAAUAUGAUACAUUUCUAAUGUUCUACAUGACACAGUAGCCACUCUUCCUUUUUUAUUAAAUGUACAUGUGUUUUUUGCCCAUCUACAGCUCAAUGUCGUAUUGAAUCUUAAUCUGAGGUGUAGACAUUAAUUUGGUUUCUUAUUGUGUAGUGUGCACAUCAGCAUUCAGAAACACUCAAAGAAAGAAGGCACACAGUGCCAAAUCAUAAGAUGUCUGGGGGUGUUUUGUGGUACAAAUGUGUGAAAACUACUGGUCAGGGUGUCUCUCACAUAAAAAAUACAUUAUUGUUUUUACAUUUCCCACAUUGACUUUGAUUUCCUCUGGCUCAUAAAAAUAUAUCACUCGUGGUGAUUAUAUUUUCAACAGAGUGAUGAUUGGAUUGACAUCUGGAGAACUGAACUAAUGUCCCUUGUCAGAUUCUGUACUAUACAUUCAUUAUGUGCAAUGUCCCACUCAUUUUUCUCUAUGAUUUCCAUACCUGUAAUGUGUUUUAAUCAUAACAACAUGUCUUUCCAUUAUGUUGCACUCCAUCAUUAUUUAUCUUAAAUUAAGCAUGUGACAUUUAUGCAAUAUUCAGUACCUCAGUACCUCCCCCCCCCC